CUGUGUGGCACGAGCGGCGUGAGGCGACGAGUUAGGUCGCUGGGCUUCUCGUUUUCAUCGCGUAGACAGCUCUACCACCAAGAUGAUCAAUGUACCUAAAACCCGAAGGACUUUCUGUAAGAAGCGUGGCAAGCGUCAGCCUCACAAAGUGACGCAGUAUAAGAAGGGCAAGGAUUCCCUGUACGCCCAAGGAAAGAGGCGCUACGACCAGAAGCAGAGCGGCUACGGUGGGCAGACGAAACCCAUCUUCCAGAAGAAAGCUAAAACGACAAAGCAGAUUGUGCUCAGGCUUGAGUAUGUGGAGCCCAGCUGCAGAUCGCAGAGAAUGCUGGCCAGUAAGAGGUGCAAGCACUUUGAACUGGGAGGAGACAAGACGAGAAAGGGCCAAGUGAUCCAGUUUUAAGCUCGUCCUUCACUUUAAGGCAAAUUUAUUGAAGUUAUAGAAAGAUUAGCUGUAGGAAAAUAAAUGCAGUGGUAACCAC